AUGGGAUCGGCGAACACGAAUGGAUCAAGGUUGUGUGAUCGGUGGGCCGUGGAGCAAAGUGCACAAAUUCACAUUUAUCCCGUCAAGAUCACGCUUUGUCGGCUCGCGCUGAUACCGUUCACCUCGUCCAGCAUCGAGCCAUUCAAGCAUUCCACAAAACUCGGCUUUUCUUCACCUCUUCUCGACACCGAAAUCCGCUCCGUGUGUCCACUUUGCCGAAAUCGGCUCGCAAAAACACACCCAAAUAACACUUCGGUUAUGCCCACCCUUUUCGACGAGUCAACUAUGCCACUCUGUCGAACUCGUACUGACGGGAAAUCGUGUGAAUUGACCCAUCACACAACACAACAAAGAGUUUGUGCUGUUGUGUGCCUCAAACAAAUGAAAAAUGGCGAAAUGAACAUUAGCUGA